AUGUUGUCGGCUGCUCAAGCUCCAUUAUGGGAUGGAUGUGAGUCGCACUCGGAGUUGUCAGCCACAAUGAGGCUUUUAAGCAUUAAAGCUGACUAUAAUAUGUCGCAGGAUUGUUUUGAUGACGUCGUUCACCUUAUGAAAGAGACGAUGCCUGCAGACAAUAGUAUGCCUGAAAAUUUCUAUCAAGCCAAGAAGUCAGUGUCUAAACUUGGACUUGGGUAUCAACGAAUCGAUUGUUGUAUAGGCGGUUGUAUGAUAUACUAUAAGAACGACGUGAAUUUGACGCAGUGCAAAUUUUGCGGGGCAAACCGUUAUAAACCUCGGAGAACUGGACGUGAAAAUUUGAAGGAUAUUCCGGUCAAACGUAUGUGGUACCUGCCACUAAUUCCCAGGCUUCAAAGGUUAUUUAGUUCGACAGUUACCGCAAAGGAGAUGAGGUGGCAUUAUGAGCAUCAAAGCGAGUCCGACCUCUUGUGUCAUCCAUCUGAUGGAGAAGCAUGGAAAUAUUUUGACAGAACAUUUGAAGAUUUCGCUUCAGACCCACGUAAUGUAAGAUUAGGCUUGUGUGCAGAUGGUUUCACUCCUUUUGGACAAUCUGGUAAGAACUACUCAUGUUGGCCUGUCAUUUUGACUCCUUAUAAUUUACCGCCUGGGAUGUGCAUGAAAAGAGAGUUUAUGUUUCUGACAAUAAUUAUUCCGGGUCCUCAUAAUCCAAAGAGCAGAAUCGAUGUUUAUCUUCAACCCUUGAUAGACGAGCUAAAUCAAUUGUGGUGCGAAGGUGUCAUAACAUACGAUGUGUUUAUGAAAGAAAAUUUUAUUAUGAGAGCUGCGUUGAUGUGGACUAUCAACGACUUUCCUGCCUAUGGUAUGCUGUCUGGAUGGAUGACACAGGGGAAGUUAGCAUGUCCUUAUUGCAUGGAGUGUUCGAAGGCGUUUACCUUGAAAAACGGUAGGAAAAAUUCAUGGUUUGAUUGUCACAGACAGUUUUUGCCUACAACACAUGCGUUUCGGCGGAACAAGGAUGCAUUUUUCAAGAAUCGAUUGGAGAAAUCACAACCUCCUCCACGUUUGUCUGGAGAAGAAGUGUUGGCACGAGUUUGGAACUUUCCAAAGAUUACUGAGACAGGUCCAUUAUCAUUCCCGGGAUAUGGUCAAGAACAUAAUUGGACAAAAAGGAGCAUCUUUUGGGAUCUACCUUAUUGGCGCAACAAUAUCAUACGACAUAACCUGGAUGUCAUGCAUAUUGAGAAGAACGUGUUUGAUAAUAUUUUCAAUACGUGUAUGGAUGUUAAGGGAAAAACAAAGGACAAUGUGAAGUCUCGGUUGGAUCUUUCACAUUAUUGUAAGCGCAGAGCUUUAGAGUUGGUGGAGUAUGAUAAUGGCAAAUCCUUUAAACCGAAAGCACAAUUUUGCCUCACUAUGGAGCAAAAAAGAGCUGUUUGUUCUUGGGUUUGCAAUUUGAAAUUGCCAGACGGUUAUGCAUCAAACCUAGGCAGGUGUGUAGAUAUGAGGGAAGGAAAGCUAUUUGGGAUGAAAAGUCACGACUGUCAUGUUUUCAUGCAGCGGCUACUUCCGAUUGCAUUGCGGGCAUUACCCGAGCCCAUUUGGGCUACAAUUACUGAGCUCAGUCAUUUUUUUAAAGAUAUAUGUUCGACUACUUUGAGGGAGAAUCAAUUGAGCAUCAUGGAGGACAAUAUUCCUAUGAUCCUUUGCAAAUUGGAGCGUAUAUUUCCUCCAUCAUUCUUUGACUCGAUGGAACAUCUCCUGAUACAUCUACCAUUCGAAACAAGGAUGGGUGGGCCAGUACAAUAUAGAUGGAUGUAUCCCUUUGAAAGGUUCCUUCAUUUCUUGAAGAAGAAGGUUAAAAAUAAAGCUCGUGUGGAAGGAUCUAUUUGUGAAGCAUAUAUAGUCGAAGAGACGUCGUCAUUUGCUUCAUAUUAUUUUGAACCACAUGUGAGCUCUCGACGAACUAGAGUUCCUCGAAAUUAUGAUUGGGGUACAUUCGACAUGGAAAUCCCAAGAAUUUCAAUAUUCAAUCAACCUGGUCGUCUUGCUGGUGUUGCCGGUAAACGCUACCUCACUGACAGAGAAUACAAUGCUGCCACAUUAUACGUGUUUUUGAAUUGCGACAUCGUACAACCGUUUAUAAACAUGUACACAGAUUAUGUUAGAGCAUCAGCACCUACAUUGAAUGAUGAUGCUGUCGAUUAUCAGAUUGAGAUAGGUUUCGCGUCAUGGUUCAGACAAUAUGUUCAUGAUCCAGUCAACAUGAUAACCGAUGAAACAGUUCGAAAUGUAGCAUUUGGACCGUUGAGAAAGGUUGAGCUAUGGCACACAUAUUAUGUCAAUGGAUAUAAAUUCGACACCGAUGCGUGGAGUGAAGGCAAGUCAACAAGCAAUAGUGGUGUAUGCAUACGGGGGACUGAUUACGGACAAUCAGAAAGUGACUACUAUGGAGUACUAAAAGAAAUUGUACAAUUCGAAUUCUCAGGACUACCGAUAAAGAAGAUUGUUCUUUUCAAUUGUGAGUGGUUCGACCCAACUCCUAAUCGAGGUAGAAGAAUCAAUAAACAUUAUGGUCUUGUUGAGGUUAAACGUAGGGGAAGGUACAGAAAGUAUGAUCCAUUUAUAAUAGCACAACAAGCAGAGCAAGUCUAUUUUGCUCCUUAUCCAGAAGGGAUACGUGAUCGACAAGAUUGGUUGGCUGUGAUUAAGACAAAAGCGAGGAACACAAUUACCGCACAAUCAGCAAAGGUAGAUGAUGCCUUCCAAGAGAAUGAAGUUGAUGUUGAGCCAGUUAGAGUAGAUACUGAUCACCAACUCGAUUCUCUUGUUGACAAUGAUUUUGAACCCGAGGAAGUAGUUGUACAAAACUCCACAAGACAACCAAUGGUCGAAGAAGAUACUGAGGAUGACGAUGAAGAAGAAUUUGAAUCUUAUGAUUCGGAUACUGAGGGAGAUCUCGAAGACUACGAUUAA